GGGGGGACGUUACCAUUCAUCACACACUCCCAUUCAAUAGACGCGCCUUAUCAGGUCAUCACCUUUCACCUCUCCUCAAAUCCGCGUCAUCACUGAAAUCCCGCACCAAUGGUGGUUUCCCGCUACUACUACAUCCAACCUACCAUUCCCAUUCCCAUCUCCAUUGCUGCUGCUGCUGCUACUACUACUACUACCUCCUCCGUCCACCGAUCUCCCCCAACUCUUCCUUCACUGAAUUUCCCGAAUAUAGCUCCCGUCUUCGGCACCACAGUUUCCCGAAUUCGUGACCGUCCAAUCUCAGUCCCAAUUCUCUCCCGAAGACCGCUCCUGCCUUCGGUUUCCGGUAUCUGGGACGCCUUAACCGGCGGGAAUGAUGCUCGUCAAGAAGCCCUGGCCGCCGUUCGCCGCGGGAUGAUGCUUUUCAGAGAGGGGGACGUUUCUGGUUCAGUAGCGGAGUUUGAUAAGGCAAUCGAGCGUGAUCCUCGUCAGAAGGCAUAUCUCUGGCAGAGGGGGCUAUCACUAUAUUAUCUCGAUAGGUUUGAGGAAGGGGCGGAGCAAUUUCGGUUGGAUGUGGCACAAAAUCCAAAUGACACUGAGGAGUCAAUAUGGUGCUUUCUUUGUGAAGCUCAAUUAUAUGGAGUGGAUGAAGCAAGGAGGCGGUUUCUUGAGGUAGGCAGAGAUCCGCGACCUGUCAUGCGAGAAGCUUAUAACAUGUUCAAAGAUGGUGGUGAUCCGGAGAAGCUUGUUGCUGCAUUUUCAAGCAGCCAGGAGAGUGAAUACUUCUAUGCUUGGUUAUAUGCUGGCCUCUACUAUGAAUCACAGAGCAAAACAGAUGCAGCUAAAGUCCACUUGCUUGCUGCCCGUCAGUCCCCAUAUGGUCAAAGGUCUGGUGAUUAUAUGGCUUCUCUUGCCAAGGUUCACUGUCUAUGUCGAAAUUGGAGCUCCAUUUGACAAACAAGCGUCGAGUCUGGUGGGAUACUUUUGAUGUUGCUUCUUGUCUGUUCAUAUUUUGAUACACAGCAAAGGAAGCUUUCGGUUGUUGAGCUGAAUUGGUAAAUAGACUGGCUCUCUGCUCCACAUGAAUAAAAGUAGUGUGAAUACCUUGAUCAUGUCUUGAAAGUUUCCAAGUUUCUUGCCUUCUGUACCUGGAUUUUGGACAAAAUAGAGACAAAUAUAUGAACAAACGUCAAGGACCUGUGUUAAAUUGAUAAUACUAGUAUUGGCUUAAGAAUCUAGGAACUCUUUUAGUCUCCUCACUCCUGAGAUAUUUCUUUUGGUCCACAAACCAUUAACGAAUGUAAUUGUACAUUUUGGUCGACAAACCAUGCAUGGGCAACGUGCUGGUUGUGAGAUGACAAGUAGGAAAUCCGUACCAAGCCCAAGCCCAAGCCACAGGAGGAAAAGUGGAGUUUGCCUCUUCUUCUUUUUUUUCUUUUCUUUUCUUUUCUAGUUAUUUCUGUGACAGGAAGUCGGCUAUUUGCUGCUGAAAUUGGAUCUAUGGAAUUUAGUCUCUUGAAAUUCAACUUAUGUGUAAGAGAAAUAAGUCGAUUAACUGAUAUUAUUGCUAGUUGGAGUAAUAGUUUUCUAAA